AUGGAUUCGUCUAGCCUGUAUUAUUAUAUCUUCGAUGUCCCGGACCCCGAGUUUCCUAAUUCCACGUUGGAGGACCUCGGUAUUGUUCGGCCGGAAGGCGUCACGGUGGACUGUUGUGGUUACGCCCGCGUGGAGAUCAAGCCGACUGUGGAGUAUUGCUCGUACGUCCCCAUGAUAGCGCUGGCGAUACACGAAAGAUUACUAGACGAGGUCCCGGAGGAGUACAAGCGACUCCGAUUGAGUCUGGAAAUCGUGGACCACAGAGAAAGCGACAUGUGUAAGUGA